UCAGUAGCUGGGGCCGCUUUCUGAGCACAUAGCAAGCUUUGGUUUGCACCAACACCGGCUAGCACUUGUCUGGAGAUGCUGCCGGGCUCGUGCACAGCUGAUGCCUGUUCCUGGAAAGCUGAUUUCUACCCAAUAACAUGCGGCUUUCGCACGGUCAGCUGCAGCGGCGCAGCAGCGGGGGCCCGGGGAGUCCGCGGGCUGCAGCCGCUCUGCAGGCUCAGCGCUCGCACGGGUGUCCCCCUCCUCGUGCCCACGCUUCAGCCCGGUCCUUCCAGCAGCUGCUGGAUGAAUGAGCCGCAAUGACAGGAUUGUGGUUAGCUGUGAAGAGCGCGUAGCUGCCACAAAGUAGGCGUGUUACGGAAGAAAGUGCUUAGGGAAGAUUCUUGCAGGAGCUCUAAUUAUCGCUUUUCAUCACUUGGGACCCUGGCGUUCCCUGCUCUCCACCUGCGGAAGAUGGUUACAGCAGUGACAGAGCUGGCACAAUGCUUUCACCUCCGUCGCAGAUAUGGCCAGUACACUAUGAACCAGGAAAGCACUACCGUAACCAGAGUUAUGGAGAAGCCUCCAUUUGAUCGAUCAAUUUCCCAGGAUUCUUUGGAUGAACUGUCUAUGGAAGACUAUUGGAUAGAACUAGAAAACAUCAAGAAAUCUAGUGAAAACAGACAAGAAGAUCAAGAGGUGGUUGUCGUCAAAGAACCUGAUGAGGGAGAAUUGGAAGAAGAGUGGCUUAAAGAGGCCGGUUUGUCCAAUCUCUUCGGAGAGUCUGCUGGAGAUCCACAGGAAAGCGUGGUAUUUCUAUCAACAUUGACCCGGACCCAGGCAGCAGCAGUUCAGAAGCGAGUAGAGACGGUCUCCCAGACCUUGAGGAAAAAAAACAAACAGUACCAGAUUCCUGACGUCAGAGACAUAUUUGCUCAACAGAGAGAAUCGAAAGAAACAGCUCCAGAUGACACUGAAUCGCAGUCACUUAGAACAAAUGAAAACAAAUACCAAGGAAGAGAUGACCAGGCAUCUAACCUUGUUGGUGAAGAGAAGCUGAUCCCACCUGAGGAGACACCUGCCCCUGAAACAGACAUCAACCUGGAGGUAUCAUUUGCCGAGCAAGCACUCAAUCAGAAAGAGAGCUCCAAGGAGAAAAUCCAGAAGAGCAAAGGCGAUGAUGCCACAUUACCUAGUUUCAGAUUGCCAAAAGACAAAACGGGUACCACAAGGAUUGGUGACCUCGCACACCAGGACAUGAAGAAGGUUUGCCAUUUAGCCCUGAUUGAGCUGACCGCCCUCUAUGAUGUAUUGGGUAUUGAGUUGAAACAACAAAAGGCUGUGAAAAUCAAAACAAGAGAUUCUGGUCUCUUCUGCGUUCCAUUGACAGUGCUAUUAGAACAAGAUCAGAGGAAAGUACUAGGAACUCGAAUACCCUUGAUCUUUCAAAAACUAAUUUCUCGAAUUGAAGAGGGAGGUUUGGAAACCGAAGGCCUCUUACGAAUCCCUGGAGCUGCCAUUAGAAUCAAGAAUCUUUGCCAAGAACUAGAAGCAAAGUUUUAUGAAGGGACUUUUAAUUGGGAAAGUGUCAAACAGCAUGAUGCUGCCAGCCUGCUGAAGCUCUUCAUUCGGGAGUUGCCUCAGCCAUUGCUCGGUGUGGAGUAUCUCAAAGCCUUUCAGGCUGUCCAGAAUCUUCCAACCAAGAAGCAGCAGCUACAGGCUUUGAACCUUCUUGUCAUCCUCCUACCUGAUGCAAACAGGGACACACUGAAGGCCCUUCUUGAAUUUCUCCAAAGAGUAAUAGAUAAUAAAGAAAAAAAUAAAAUGACAGUCAUGAAUGUAGCAAUGGUCAUGGCCCCAAAUCUCUUUAUGUGUCAUGCGUUGGGAUUGAAGUCCAGUGAACAGCGAGAAUUUGUAAUGGCAGCUGGGACAGCAAAUACCAUGCACUUAUUGAUUAAGUAUCAAAAACUUCUGUGGACUAUUCCCAAGUUUAUUGUAAACCAAGUGAGGAAGCAAAACACGGAAAAUCAUAAAAAGGAUAAAAGAGCCAUGAAGAAACUGCUGAAGAAAAUGGCUUAUGACCGAGAAAAAUAUGAAAAGCAAGAUAAGAGUACAAAUGAUGCUGACGUUCCUCAGGGAGUGAUUCGAGUGCAAGCUCCCCAUCUUUCGAAAGUUUCCAUGGCAAUACAGCUAACUGAAGAACUAAAAGCCAGUGAUGUACUUGCCAGGUUUCUCAGCCAAGAAAGUGGGGUUGCCCAGACUCUCAAGAAAGGAGAAGUUUUUUUGUAUGAAAUUGGAGGAAAUAUUGGGGAACGCUGCCUUGAUGAUGACACUUACAUGAAGGAUUUAUAUCAGCUUAACCCAAAUGCUGAGUGGGUUAUAAAGUCAAAGCCAUUGUAGAAGACUUAACAAGCUGCAGAUAACCAUGUGGACUUCUGUAAUAAUUCUUGCUGAGUCAAGAGUGUAAAUAAAAGAAGUGGCAGGACUCUUUAUUACUCAGUUGUACCCAACUAUUUAAAAAUGACUCUCUCAAGCCUUAAAAAGUCAUAGAUUUGUGCUGCUGCCAGAAUUAUAUUAAUUAUUAUUAAUGUUAUUAUUAGAAAAAAUAUUUUUGGAGUGAGAGUAAAGAGGCUUAAUUAGCUUAUGGGCAGUUUUCAUAUGCUCUGUGAAAUGUGUCCAGAUGUGACACAGUUGUUUUUUUAAAUAUGUGAAAAUGUAUUCUCUUCCCACUCUUUUCUCCUAAACUCAUAUAUACUGUAAUAUAUGCUGUCUCACCUCUAUUGCCUCUUCACAUCUGCCCUUUCCCAGUUAGGUUUGCUUUUUGACCAAAAAUAUAACAAAUACUAGGUAUGGCAAGUUGUGAAGACAGCACAUUAAAACAUACCUAAUUUCACAGUAUUCCUGUCACGACAGAAUGUUAGUAUGCAUCUCUUUGAAUCAUUUGCUCAAAUAAUAACAUUCCACCUUUUCCUGCUGUAUUACAGGAGGCGAUUUGCAUUUUUUUCAGUUCAUCUGACUUAUGUUCACAGAAUUGUAUCAGCAAUCAAGAAAAUAGGACUGUCAGAAGCAGCCAGUUAUUACUGAACCAUUAAAUACUUAUAUACUAAGAAUAAAUAAAAUAUACCCAUGUGAAAUAAUAACUGGAUUAUGGAUAACAAGAGAGUGAAAGCCAAAGCACUUUCUGUCUACUGUACCCUUCUAAAUGGAAUUUUAAAAGUCAUAGCUGGCUUUACGUGUUGUCAUAUUAGCAUUAUAAGUAUGCAUGAUAGUAUAAUCCAGUAAUGGUUGAAGAAUGUAUUUUACUUAAAGAGGGAUUUUUUUUUUUAAACUCCUGAAUAAGUCUACUGGAAGAGUUACUCUUCUGGGUGAACAAGCUUUUGUUUGUGUUCUUAUUUGAAAUAAUUGGAGUCAAUUUAUUAAAAUAUUGUCAAAAGUCCUAUUCCCAGGGAUUUUAAUGCACAAACCAUAUUGUGACAAGAGAUGAGCCUCUGUACUGUAAAUAAGAGGAAUGAAGUAGAGAAAUGUUAAAUAUUUUAUGAGUUUAGAAUGUAGUAAAUAAAAGGUGAUGUAAAUGAAUGCUGCACAAAUGGUGUUUAUGAUACUUUUAGUAGUACUUUAGGAAAAAUUACACAUUCUCAGAAGCUCUUGACGUCUCUAAUUAAAGGGGGGGAAUGGUGUUAAUGAGAACAGUCAUAAAUUUUUAGCAUAUAAUUACAAGAACAGCCUGUGGAUAUGAUCACUUAAAUAAUUUCGUGGUGAUUCGUGCCAUUGCUUUUUUAUUUAAAAGAAAAUUUUGUAAUUAAAUGCCUUUUUCUAAAUUAUCUUCUCUUGGAAUCAUUACUUUUAAUCCUAUGUGUUUAUGAGUAUUUUUGCUCUUUAUUAAUAUUGAGAAAUGGACUCUCUUUGUUAUUAAAAGUCACCUCUAUUUUAUUUCUGCUAUUUUCUUUGUAAUUUUUAAAGUAGGAAGAUGUCAGAGAUAUAAAUGUGUUUUCAUCUUUAGGUUUUUUCCUUUUACAAAUUUUUAUUUUUUAGGAUUUUCAAAAUACAGUUUAGUCUGUUUCUUUGAGAAUAUGUAUUAAUUUCCCAAUUAGCAAAAUGAUACUUAUUAGUGAGUUGAAAACAAUUAACAACAUAAAAGAAAAAUUAUGUGCUUAGAACAUUUUAGGUGUAUAUGACUUCAAAAAAAAAAAAAAAAGAUAGCAGUGAGGAUAAUGAUUUAAGUAAAAGGUUUUCUGAAGCCUAUGCCAACUAAUUUUCACAAUGUUUGCUACCUACCUGAAAAGGAGGGUCAGGAGGGAGACAUAAUACAUUUUUGAUCAUGAAAAAGUAUCAGAUCUUAAUUUUUAAAAAGUGAAAAUGCCAUUUUAUUUUGAAUGUCUUUUAGAACUCAUGACCCAAGUUAAUCGAUAUUGAAUAAUAUCACAUAAAUAACCAAAAAAUAUGGACUUAAAAAAAUCUUUUAUUUUUUUAGAGACAGGGUCUUGCUCUGUUGUCCAGAUUGGAGUACAGUAGCACAUUCAUGGCUAACUGCAGCCUCAAGUGCUGGGGCUCAAGCAAUCCUCCUGCCUCAGUCUCCUAAGUAGCUAGGACCACAGGUGCAUGCCACCAUGCCUGGAUCUAAAGAGAAAAAAAGCUUGAUACUAUAGAUCCUUGAAUAUAAAUAUCCUGAUAUUAACCUGCUGCCUUUGCUGUGAUUGUUUUCCCUUAGUGAGUUUUAAAUCUCAGGCUAGAUUUUUAUUUGUUUUUCUGUGUGUGUAUGAGACAAAAUAAAAACAAAUAUAUUUGC